AUGCCGGGUCUCCAGCGCUCGAACGUGAUUAUCAUCCACCCGGACCUGGGCAUUGGAGGCGCAGAGCGACUGAUAAUUGACGUCGCCUUAGCCUUACAGAACCGCGGCCACCAUGUGACGAUCUACACCUCCCACCGCGACAAAGCGCAUUGCUUCGACGAGGCGCGCGACGGAACGCUGGACGUUCGCGUCCGCGGGAACACCAUCUUCCCCGCGCAUGUCUGCGGCCGACUUCAUAUUCUCAUGGCAGCGCUACGCCAGCUCCAUCUUACCGUGUCAUUGCUGAACGAGCUUGGAUCGGCGGAUAGGAGUCGCCCGACAUCAGAGAAAAAAGACGGGUCCGUGUCUGAGGAGGAUUGCGACGACAUUUUCAUUGUCGACCAGCUCCCCGCCUGCGUGCCUGUUCUGAAGACCUUCGGCCGACCACGCACGUCCCGCCGCCAACGUAUUCUUUUCUACUGUCAUUUCCCCGACCAAUUGCUUGCGCGCCGCGAUGAAGACGGCUCAAUUCUUCGGCUGGCGAAGCUGCUCUAUCGCGUCCCGUUCGAUUGGUUUGAGGGCUGGGCCCUGAGCGCGUCGGACCGGGUUGUUGCGAACUCGCGGUUCUCGCGCGGGGUUGUGCGAGAGGUGUUUGGGCCGACGCGCCUGGGAGACGUCGAGGUGGUUUAUCCUUGUGUGGAUACGGACUCUGGUCCUACAAUACCCGAGAAGAAACCGGCCGAAGCUCUCUGGGGUGAGAAGAAGAUCUUGCUCAGUAUCAAUCGUUUUGAGCGCAAGAAGGAUAUGGCUUUGGCCAUCCGCGCGUAUCAUGGACUGGGGACUGACAAGAGGAGAGGGACGCGGUUGGUGAUUGCAGGCGGUUACGACAAUCGUGUCCAAGAAAACGUUCAGUAUCACCAAGAACUAGACGACCUCGCAAUCGGCCUCGGCUUGCAAACUGCGACCUCCAAGACCGUUGUCUCCGCACUCUCGAUCCCCGACUCGAUCGAUGUUCUCUUUCUGCUUUCUGUCCCCACCGCGUUCAAAGAAACAUUGCUCGCUCAAUCAAAACUUCUCCUCUACACGCCAAUCAAUGAACAUUUCGGUAUCGUCCCGGUUGAAGCAAUGCACGCUGGUAUUCCCGUGCUGGCGUCAAAUACUGGCGGUCCACUGGAGACGAUCGUUGAGGGCGAAACGGGCUGGCUCCGGGAUGCUCAUGCGGUCGAUGAAUGGACUGCCGUCAUGAACAAGGUUCUUUACGGAUUGUCUCAAGAGGAUGUAGACCGAAUGGCAGCUGCAGGCAAAGCGAGAGCAGAGCGCGAGUUCUCGCUGACUGCUAUGGGGGACCGGUUAGAAAAAGAGAUUUCCACCAUGCUCACGGCAGAGAGAAGGCCGUUUCAUGGGUGGCAGCAGGUCCUGGUUAUGCUGGCCUUGUCCGGGGCGGUCCUUGCCGUCGUGGUUGCGCUCUUGCUUCGAGCGACGUGA